AUGCAGGAUUUUAAAGCUGCCUCCGAGAUGACAGACAAAUCGAAUACACUUGGGUUCGUCUUUCUUACCUCAAAUGCGAAAGAUAGUCGUAAGUUAAGGACCUCGGAGGAAGAACGCAUCACCUUGUCUUCCCUUUCAUUGCCAAUGAAUGUGGAAAGGCACGAAGCUGAUCUUCUUCAAGUUGAAUCUGAUAGUGAAGGACGGAACAUAAGGUCACCUGCAAAUCCAGUCCUCAAGUCUCGUCUCUCCGUGCUCUCUUCUCUAGUCAGCUCCUCAAACGACCUCAUGGUUCGACUAAGUUAUUAUUCAAAUGAAGACAUUCACGAGGCUGACUCUCCAGUGCAACUGCGAAGUCUUAGCGGCAGUGGCCUUGAUGACGAAGACGUUUCUAACGUCACAGUACCCAUUAGUCUUUCAAUCAUGAUAAUGACAACGUACAUCCUCAUUGGAGCAAUUGUAUUCUGCAUUUGGGAAGACCCAAACUACCUGAAAUGGUCAUACUUCUGUUUUGUAACUCUUUCGACAAUCGGAUUCGGUGAUAUUGUUCCAGGUAUGUCUCACUUAACCCAUCUUUGUUAA